AUGAACCAAAGGCAGAGAUUAGCUAACCACCUGAGGAACUGUUCGAAGAACUUGCUACUUGAUCAGGGGUUAAAAGCUCAUGCAGCAGUAUUGAAAAUGGGACUUAGGUUUGAUUUGAUGUUGAACAAUGAUCUUAUAGAUAUGUAUGGAAAAUGUGGCAGAACUGGUAUGGCCUCUGUGUUGUUUGACAAAAUGCCUGAAAGAAAUGUGGUUUCUUGGACAGCUCUUAUGUGUGCACACUUGCAAAAUAGAAAUGCCAAAGGCUGUCUAUCUCUUUUUGUUGAUAUGAGAACUUCAGGGUCUGAGCCAAAUGAGUUCACUCUUUCUACCAACCUUAAGGCCAGUGGGAUUCUUGGUAUUCCCGAGAUUGGGAUGCAAAUUCAUGGUAUAUGUGCUAAAUCUGGUUUUGAAGGCACCAAUGUGGUGGGGAAUUCUGUCAUGGACAUGUAUACGAAAUGUGGAAGAAUAAGUGAAGCAGAACGGAUGUUUAACAUUAUGCCAGUUAGGAAUCUUAUUACUUGGAAUGCAAUGAUCGCUGGAUACACAGUGGUAGAUCAAGGAAAUGGAGAAAAAGCUCUGCUUUUGUUUUGCGAAAUGCAAAGGCAAGGAUUAGUUCCAGAUGAAUUCACCUUCACAAGCACAAUAAAGGCUUGUGGUGGUCUUGGAGCAAUUCGGCAAGGAAGCCAAAUACAUGCUUCUUUGAUCACAAGAGGAUUCCCUUGUUGGGUCCAGACUACUACUGCAGGUGCUCUUGUUGAUUUGUAUGUCAAAUGCAGGCACUUGUUUGAAGCUCGGAGACUAUUUGAUCAAAUCGAACAGAAGAAUAUAAUUUCUUGGAGUGCACUGAUUCUUGGCUAUGCUCAAGAAGGCAAUUUAUUAGAGGCCAUGGAGCUGUUCAGGCAGCUCAGAGGAAACACAAAUCAUCAAGUAGAUGGGUUUGUUCUCUCAAGCCUGAUGGGUGUGUUUGCUGAUUUUGCACUUGUGGAGCAAGGUAAGCAAAUGCAUGCUUUCACCACUAAAGUCCCAUCCGGUUUUGAUGUAUCGGUAGCUAAUUCAAUUCUGGAUAUGUACCUCAAGUGUGGAUUAACAGAAGAAGCAGAAAGACUAUUCAACGAAAUGCCAUCCAAAAAUGUAGUUUCUUUGACAGUUAUGAUCACAGGCUACGGGAAGCAUGGCCUUGGAAGGGAAGCAAUAGGUCUUUUCGAUAAGAUGCAGUUCGACAACAUACAACCUGAUGGUGUGGCUUACUUGGCUGUGCUAUCAGCCUGCAGCCACUCCGGACUAAUUGAAGAAAGCCAAGAAUAUUUCUCAAGAUUGUGUGCUGACAGACAGAUUAAACCAAAAGUAGAGCAUUAUGCUUGCAUGGUUGAUCUCCUUGGCCGAGCUGGUCGCUUAAAAGAGGCUAAGAAUCUCAUUGAAAACAUGCCUCUAAAACCAAACGUGGGGAUUUGGCAGACAUUGCUUAGUGCUUGUAGAGUACACGGAAAUUUGGAUAUAGGGAGGGAAGUUGGAGACAAACUUCUAAGUUUGGAUGGUGAUAAUACAGUCAAUUAUGUGAUGAUGUGCAAUAUAUACGCCGAUGCAGGAUACUGGAAAGAAUGCGAGAGACUAAGAGAACUGGUGAAGAUGAAGGGUUUAAAGAAAGAAGCGGGACGAAGCUGGGUAGAGAUUGAUAAGGAAGUACACUUAUUUUACAAUGGAGAUGAUACACAUCCACUUACAGAGAAAAUUCAUGAAGCUCUGAAAGAAGUGGAGAAGAGGAUGAGAGCAGAAAUGGGCUAUGUUCCUGGGGUGAAGUUUUCUUUGCAUGAUGUGGAAGAUGAAUCAAAGGAGGAAAGCUUGAGAGUACACAGUGAGAAGUUGGCAAUUGGGUUGGCAUUGGUUUGGGGAGGAAUGGAGGAGAAAAGAACAAUUAGAGUUUUCAAGAACUUGAGAGUAUGUGGGGAUUGUCAUUCCUUCAUUAAGGGCUUGUCAAAGGUUUCCAAGUUGGUGUUUUUGGUUAGAGAUGCAAAUAGGUUUCACAAGUUUGCAGAUGGCUUGUGCUCUUGUGGAGAUUAUUGGUGAUACUUUCCUUCUUUCUUUCGCCAUUAGAACAAUGAGAAAGUAAUUUUAUCAAUAUUUUUGUUUUAACCAAUUCUUUGGAUAGUUGGUAUUUUAUUUAAAAAAAUAAAAAGAGAGAGUUUGGUGUUUGCUUAUUUUCGAAAACUACGACUAAAUGAGAAAACAAAAUCCCAAAUUCCUUAGUGUCAUUGUCAUCUUUGUUUUAUCCCUCUCACAUUAAAUAUAUAAUUAACGGUUUUUAUUUAACUUUACAAUUAAUUUCAAAUUCAACCAUUUACACAUCAUCAAGAAUAUAAAAAUUAUUUUAAAUCACAAACCGGACAAAGAGAAAAAGUAAUUAUUUUAUUGAUAUACCCUGGAUAAUAAAUUCGAUUAAAAAGAAAGGCUUUAACAAUUAAUUCAUAAGAUGUCACCAGAAGACAAAUAUGAGGCAGCACAAAAGGCUUUAACAAUUAAUUCAUAAGAUGUCACCAGAAGACAAAUAUGAGGCAGCACAAAAGGCCAAGAAAAAUUUCACUCAUUCAAGAUAAAUUAAUAAGGGCAAAUUUUGGUAUGCACGCCGUGUUUAAAAAUCAAUAUUAUUAAACAGAUCUAUAAAUUCAAAAAAAAAAAAUUAUCAAUAUUGAUGCACAACAACAAAAUAUACAUGUAGAUAACAAUUUAAAUUAUUAUUAUUAAUUUAUUUAUUUUAAAAUUUUUGUUAAAAUAAUAUAAAAUUAAAAAUCACUAUUAAAAUUAUCAUAUAAACCGAUAAUCAUACAAAAUGAUAACAAAUAGCAAAUUUUGAAUGAUUAUCCAUUCAAUUUCGUUUUACCUAAUCAUGAAUUCAUGAUGGAACUUAAGAUAACAGAAACAACAUUAUUUAUUGAAAUUUUUUUGUCAAUUACUUGGAGAGGAUAAUAUUCUUUGAGAGAAAAAAUAUAAUAGAAUAAAAUCAGCCAGUGUGUCAAUUUUGAGAUCAAUCAAGAGUCAAGAUCAUAUUAUUUUAAAACAGCUUAUCAAGAAAACAAUUGUUCAAAAGGCAUUGCUAGAUAUUUUAUUCAUCUUUCUGUCACAAUCAAUAAUAUUAUAAAGCUGAACUUAAAUGAUAUAAAAAAAGGAGCUUCCAUACAUGCAACAAGGGAAUAAACCUAACAACCCUCAUGAGGAAGUGCAAAGGUUAGCUAUUAUACCCA